GUUGUUGCUGGCCACGCUGGUGGUUGGAGCCAAAAAAGCGCCGAAGCGAAAUUUUUGAAGGCUGCAUGCGCUCACCGGCAACGUUAGUGUAGUGUAGAGUAGUGGUAGUAGUAGUCUGAGCGCAUGCAAAGUCGGAGAUUAGCUUCAAACAAAUACCUGCUGUCUACCUCGACCAUCAAACACCCCCAGAAUGGUCAGGCAGAGACACGGAACACAGCAGGAAAGCGAGAGUCGUCUUCGAUUAGAUGCAUCCAGACUCGUACAGGACGUCAUGUCGGACCCACGACUUGCCAAGUCAGGCACCGUCUCAAAUGAGCCGAGGAAGCCAAGAGCUAAGAUCACAUAUUUGAUUUUGAAGUGGACUCUUUUUUCCAUCUUCUUCGCUCUAGGUGUAGGCCAAUUCAUCGCCGGCGACAUUCUUUGGGGUUACAGAGGAAGAUACGUGAAGAAGGCAACCUACUUUCCUCCCGACCAUAGAGUCUUCACGCCCGAAGAGCUCAAGCAGUACGACGGCUCAUCGCCAGACAAGCCCAUUUAUCUCUCUAUCCUGGGCAGGGUCUACGACGUCUCGGCGGGACGGCAAAUCUAUGGACCUGGAGGUUCCUACAGCUUCUUUGCCGGUCGUGAUGCCAGUCGGGCGUUUGUCACAGGUUGUUUUGAGACCCAUUUGACGCACGAUCUGAGGGGCUUGAGUCAGCAAGAUGUCUUGGUGAGAAGUCUGAUGAUGCAAACACGCCAUUGUAUACUUAUGACGAGCAACCCAUCUCUUGUCAAGUCCAUCGCUUCGUGGAAGCAAUUUUUCGAUGGACAUCCUCGAUACUACAACAUCGGAGUUCUUCAAUUGCCUCACGUCGAUCCAGCGUCGCCCAUUCCUGCACCAUGCGACGAUGACGCCGCCAAUCACAAGGAGCCAGAUGACGUCUUGUAAUUGGGAGGAAGGGCGAGUCGAAGCGUAGCAAUUGAUUGAUCGAUCAGUACAGGGGAGAUCACAAUCACAGAA